AUGGAGCGUCCACCUUUGACCCUCGGGAAGCUCAGCCCGGCCCCAGAAACCCACACAGGGAAGCACAACAGGGCGCCUUGUGCAUCCUUUCCCUUCUCAUCCCUUCUUUUCUGUGUUGCUCUUGUAGAGAGCCUGAUGAACACCAAGUUAGAGACGGCAGACCUGCAAUGGACAACGUACCCGCCAGAUGGCCAGUGGGAAGAGCUCAGCGGACUGGACGAGGAGCAGAACAGCGUGCGGACCUUCGAGGUGUGCGGCGUCCGGGAGCCCAACCAGAACAACUGGCUGCGGACCACCUUUGUCCCCCGCUCGGGGGCCACCCACGUCUACGCCGAGCUCCGCUUCACGGUGGUGGAGUGCUUCUCCAUCCCGAAGGUCACCCGCGCCUGCAAGGAGACCUUCAACGUCUUCUUCUACGAGGCUGACAGCGACCUGGCCUCGGCCACCUUCCCCCCGUGGAUGGAGAACCCUUACGUGAAGGUGGACACGGUGGCCGCCGAGCACCUGACCCGGAAGCGGGUCGGGAUGGAGGCCUCCGGCAAAGUCAACAUCAAGACCCUCAAAAUCGGGCCCCUCUCCAAGGCCGGCUUCUACCUGGCGUUCCAGGACCAAGGGGCCUGCAUGGCUCUCCUCUCCGUCCGGCUCUUCUACCAAAAGUGCCCCUCGGUCACCAUCAACUUCACCCUCUUCCAAGAGACGGUCCCUAAGGAACUGGUCAUGCCGGUCACCGGGCAGUGCGUGCCCCACGCCGUCAAGGUCAGCUCCCGCCCACUGAGCAUGUACUGCCGGGAGGACGGUCAGUGGGCCGAGCAAACCAUCACCGACUGCACCUGUGCCCCCGGCUAUGAGCCGUCCGAGGAGAACACCAAAUGCCGAGCCUGUGCGGUCGGCAUGUUCAAACCCACCCAGGGCGAAGGGUCUUGCCAGAACUGCCCCUCGUUCAGCAACUCGCAGUCUCCGGGGUCCAGCGAGUGUUCGUGUCGUGUCGGAUUCUACCGGACGGAGAAGGAUCCUGUGACCAAACCAUGCACCACGAUACCCUCUGCCCCGCGCAGCAUCGUAGCCAAGAUCAACGGCUCGGUGGCUGUCUUGGAGUGGAGCGAGCCCUUGGAGAACGGUGGCCGAGACGACGUGGCCUACCACGUCCUCUGCAUGGAGUGUUCCGAGAGGCAGGGCUGCCGGCUUUGCAACCGCCUGGUCUACGCCCCGAGAGCCCGAGGCCUGGUGGACCGCACGGUCACCGUAGAGGGCCUCCAGCCGUACAUCACCUACUCCUUCCAGAUCCAGUCCGUCAACGGCGUCUCGGAGCUGAGCCACAACCUGCCGCAUUCGGAGUCCGUCAACAUCACGACCAACAAAGACGUCCCCCAGCCUGUUUCUGAGAUCCAGCAAAUAUUGAUCAACCGCAGUGGGAUGACCCUGGUGUGGCCCCCCACCCAGCCACCGACAGGCAACAUCUUGGACUAUGAAGUGAAAUACUAUGAGAAGGGUGUCGGAGGACCCAUGUUUGUGAAGACGGUCGAGAACCGGGUGACCCUCACCAGUUUGCGUCAGGGGACGGUGUACGGCGUCCAGGUUCGGGCCCGCUCCGAGGCCGGCUACGGCGGAUUCGGUCCCGAAAAGGCCUUCAAAACGGAAGACAGUGAGACAGACGGCAGCGCUGAGAAGUUAGCGCUCAUUGUUGGCACGGCUGCUUUGGGAACGCUCCUGGUCCUCGCGGUGGUCAUUGUUGCCAUUGUCUGCCUCCGGCGCCAGGGCUCCUCGAGAUCACGCGAGCCAGAAUACUCGGACAAGCCUGGCCAGUACCUGAUCGGGCACGGCACCAAAGUCUACAUUGACCCGUUCACCUACGAGGACCCAAACGAGGCGGUGCGGGAGUUUGCCAAAGAAAUCGACGUCUCCUACGUGAAAAUUGAGGAGGUCAUUGGUGCAGGGGAGUUUGGCGAAGUCUGUCGGGGUCUCCUGAAGGUGCCGGGGAAAAAGGAAAUCUACGUGGCCAUCAAGACCCUGAAAGGGGGCUACACGGAGAAGCAGCGCCGGGAAUUCCUGAGCGAGGCCAGCAUCAUGGGCCAGUUUGAGCACCCCAACAUCAUCCGCCUCGACGGGGUCAUCACCAACAGCGUGCCGGUCAUGAUCAUCACCGAAUUCAUGGAGAACGGGGCUCUCGACUCCUUCCUCCGGCUGAACGACGGCCAGUUCACACCCAUCCAGCUGGUGGGGAUGCUCCGUGGGAUCGCCUCAGGCAUGCGCUACCUCUCGGACAUGAGCUACGUGCACCGAGACCUGGCCGCCCGGAACAUCCUGGUCAACAGCAACCUCGUCUGCAAAGUCUCGGAUUUUGGACUGUCCCGCUUCCUCGAAGAGAACUCGUCUGACCCCACCUACACCAGCUCCCUGGGCGGGAAGAUCCCGAUUCGGUGGACGGCCCCCGAGGCCAUCGCCUUCCGCAAAUUCACCUCUGCCAGCGACGUCUGGAGUUACGGCAUCGUGAUGUGGGAAGUGAUGUCAUUCGGAGAGAGGCCGUACUGGGACAUGUCUAACCAGGAUGUGAGUGGUCGCCCUCCACCAUUCAAUCGGCUCCCGCCCCCCACAGACUGCCCCACAUCCCUCCAUCAGCUGAUGCUCGACUGUUGGCAGAAGGACCGGAACGCACGGCCCCGAUUCGCCCAGAUUGUCAACUCCUUGGACAAGCUGAUCCGGAACCCCGCCAGCCUCAAAAUCGUCUCGCGGGGAAAUGGAGGGCCGUCCCACCCACUGCUGGACCAGCGCCUCCCCCACUAUUCCUCCUUCGGCUCCGUCAGCGACUGGCUACGAGCCAUCAAAAUGGGCCGCUACGAAGAGAAUUUCACCAAUGCCGGGUUCACCUCCUUUGAGCUGGUCAGCCAGCUGUCAACCGAGGAUCUGCUUCGAAUUGGAGUGACUUUGGCCGGUCACCAAAAGAAGAUAUUGUCCAGCGUCCAGAAUAUGCGUGUCCAGAACAAAGCCGGGCCGUCCGUGGCGGGAGCCAAAGGGGGACAUUACUGACUCGAAAUGCAGCAAUGGGACGUGGAGGGAACGUAAUCCUUGGUUUUGAUAACCUUUCUUCCCCAUCCGGCUCUCUGCAAAAGAGGAAUCAAGUUGUGAAACCAGCUGCUUCUCUUGGGACGUCAGAGGCCUCCGGAUCCACGCCUGCUCCCUUUUUUCCCCCUUGUUUUGGAACAAAAUAAUCAAGUCUCCUCAACAUAGUUUUGUAUUAUUGGGAUUUUGUUUUCCUGUGUUUUUCUCCUUAUUUUCUUUUUCUGGAAGGGUUGCAAGGAUAUUUAACUCCUAAGACUAUGUGACAAAGAGGGUGGAUUAUUUUGCUCUUCUAGUUCCAUUAUCCUUUAAGGCUGGGGGCUUCUUCGUUAAGGGCCAGAUCUUUUUGGCCCCUGCUCAGGACGGCUGCCCUCUUCGGUACCGGCAAAGAGGGCUGCCCGGUCCUCGGGCGUUCUCCAUCCAUCUCCUCGGCCCCGGGUCGUGGACUUCUUGCAAAGCAUCUCAGCCUUGACGUGGACGCUUCCUUUUCGUUCCAGACCUUCAGAAAAGGAGGAAGGACAGAGAGGGCCAGACAUUGUUUCCCAAAUUCCCGGACAGAUGGCUCUGUCCCAGCAUGGCAGCCCAUUCGCUCCUCGGUGGAAGGCUGCCCUUCUCGUUCUAGAUCCCGGGAGGGCUACUCCGAGGGGUGGACUUUUGAGUUUAAAGGACCCUGACUCGGAAAAGAAAACAGCAUUCUGCCUGAAGAGAUACCAAACUCUCUGUGAAAACUCAGCGUAGCCACUACAUUUUGGAGGUUGGAAGCCCUCCGUAGUCUGCUGCCAUUUUAUACAUACCUAUAUAUAUAUUUUUUAUUUUUUUUUAACCUUCGCCUCUUUCUAAAAAUUGUGCUCUGUUGGAGGACACAUACGGGAUAAUCACCAGGGGCCUUAUAAAACAUGUUUUCGUACCUGAUGAGAGGUGCAUAGGGACUCUUGUCUGCUGAACCCCAGGAAUGACCCGCCCUGCGGCCAUCAGGGGAAAAGGCUGGGGCUUCGUGUACAUUUCGGGCGGACCCACUGUCUAAUAGCCAAAGAAUGACAUGCAUGUGGUGUUGCACAACAGUGGGACUUGGUGGGUAAUGAUGUCAUUGCUGAGGAUGAUGUCAUAUCCAUGUCAAGCCAAGAGGGGGCAACUGUAUGGUGACGGCGUAAUUUCUGCCCAUACGGGCAGGAUGAACGAUUGUGAGGAUACGUAACUGUAUGACAAUCAAAAAAACCAACAACUGUGCACUUUCUGAUGAUGUCAUUGUGAUGAUGUCACGGGGAGAAAGUGAGAACUUUGGAUCUCAGAUAGAGCUUACCGUUGCCUUCAUUGGCCCAAAGUUUGGAGAAUCUUAAGGGAAUCCUGGACACGGGAAUAUGAUGUCAUCCUGACAGCAAAACCAUGUGCCUCUGGAUAAAGUGGGUGCUCAUGAUGAUGUCAUAGGUAAUGGGUCUGUGAUGUCAUAAGCAAGCCCCACUUCUUUUUUGUAUCAUUCCUUUAACCUUCAUAUUGAAGGCGGUAAUGUUGCUUUUUAUUAAAAAAUGUAUCUUGUAA